AUGAUCAAGCUCACUGCCAUCGCCACCAUUCUCACCUUCUUCGGCGCUCAGUGGUCACUCGCCCAGUCAGACGCUACCCUAGUCGCUGUCCGAGUCACCUUUGGGCCCGGUGUAGAUUAUCAACUGGGUACUGCACCUUACACAAGGGAUAAUUCAGGUGAGGAGGCAUCUUGGGGUUUCGAAGAAGCAGAGUUAGGCAAAACCACCGGGAAAUUCUUCUUCUUACCUAAGAAGAAGAACGAUGAGGGAGAUUAUGUGGAUCUAUACAAUGCUACUUGUUACGCUCAAGGAUUGAAAUUGUCCUUCGAUACUCCCACUUUCAACUUUAUCGACCACGAACCUUGGCUGGAAGGUAAAAAAUCUGAUAAAGGCAAGGUCUGGUGUCCUAAGGAUGAAGCCCGUGCCAAAGACGGCUGGAAAGAAGGUGACGCUUUGCCCGAUAUUAGCUCGGAGAAUCUAUCCGGAGAGUAG